GAAUGCUAUCUUUUUCAGGUUUGCCUGGUACUGGUAAAGUUAGAGAAAAUUCUCAAGCUGGUGUUUGGGUGUAUACUUUCAAUGUAACUUUGUCACCAUCCGAUACUCUAGUGGCAAGAGGUCCUCUAAUUACAAACUCAAACCCACUCACAAAGGCUUUCAGGAUCAACCCUGUAACUCUGCUUCAGUACAAUGUUGUCACCAGUGGAGACCCUAUUCUAGAUUAUGAAACUAUGCCCCACACAUUUGAACUGCAGAUACUUGUUCUUAACAACUCUGGAACACGUGCCAUACAAAUACUGACUGUUGUGGUGCUUGAUGAAAACGAACCUCCGGUAUUUCAAGGCAAUCUUGCAACCCAAACCGUCAUGGUCUACAUCUUGGAAAACACACCAGCAGGAGUUAUUUACCAGCUUCAUGUAGUCGGUUCUGAAAAUUCAACAUCUACAAGACUCUCUUAUUCAGCGGCUCCAGGAGAACCAUUCUCUGUUUCUUCAACUGGAACCAUUGCUUCUUCAAAAGAAUUUGAUUAUGAGAAAGAUCCACAUAGCUAUUCGUUAAACAUUACAGUUACAAAUGGACAGGGUCUGAGUACGUCAAGGACAGUGAUAAUCAAUAUCAUAAAUAUCAAUGAUGAAUCACCAUACUUUACCAUAACAAAAACAGUUUUCAGAAUUGAAGAAGAACAAAGGACAGGAACCAUUGUUACCACAAUAACAGCUGUGGAUCCAGAUGGAGAAGACUUUAGUAGCCUCCACUACAGCAUUAUUGCUCCUCAAGGAAUUCCUUAUUUCUCAAUAAAUCCUGACAAUGGAGUUAUACAAGUGGCCAGAACGAUAGAUCGAGAUAUUGUACCAUUAAUCCAAAAUCCCAAUAUUUCUUUGGAAAUUCACGUUGAAGAUAGUCCUAGCCAUGGACGAAAUAGCAGCAUUACAAUUGUUAUAACCGUUGAAGACAUAAAUGACCACCCACCAGAAUGCCAGAGAUACACUUUCAGAGAACAAUUUUAUGAAACCAUCAGUGUAGGAACAGUUAUUUUGGACUUGGAAAAUGUCUGCUCAGACCAUGAUGCUGUGGCACCAAACAACCUGUUUAACUUCACUGGAUUGUCAGGACCAGGAAGUCAUAAAUUUGCACAGAACCCACCUGGCUCUGGAAGAAUUACGCUGGUGGGAAAUGUGGAUCUUGAAAAUGGAACUGAUAGAGCAGAGGAGGACUAUAUUCUGAACAUUGCAGUGCAAGAUAUCGCUUCGCCUUUCUAUCGUAAUAAUAUCUACAUUUUUGUUAGAAUACUCCCUGUCAAUGAUUUUAAACCGGUCUUCAGUAGCUCUUCAUAUGUAUUCAAUGCAUCAGAAACACUUGCAGUGAAUUCCGGAAUUGGAAAAGUGACCGCAACAGAUGCUGAUAUACCCUCUACUGGAAUAUCGUACUCAAUUGUGGCUGGAGGAGGCACCCUGGAUUAUUCAAAAAUAUUCUGGAUUGAUCCUAAGGAGGGCACUGUACGAAUUGUUGCUCAGUUAGACUAUGAAAUAACUAAGAGGUAUCUUCUCAUCGUGCAGGCUUCUGACAACGAUGGCAAGAUACAGACUGUAGAGGUAACAGUGAAUGUUCUUGAAGAAAAUGAUGAAAAACCAGUUUGUUCCUCAAGCUCACAUUUGCUGGAGGUUCCUGUCGGCCUGACUUCGGGCACCAAUAUCGACGGCCUCUACAUAUCAUGUGUCGAUCAGGAUUCGAGUCCCAGAACUUUCCGUUACUUUAUUAACUCAGGUAAUGUGAAUAAUCAUUUCACUUUUUCGCCAAGUGCUGGCUCCAGUAUCUCGCGGCUGAUUCUUGUGUCCCCAUUUGACUAUGAAAGAGGACUAGAUAGAGUCUGGGAAUAUAGGCUGGAAGUCUUCAUAACAGAUGAUAAUUUGUUAUCAGUGACAAACGGAUCUACUGCCCUUGUUCAAACGGGUACAGUGACAUUAACCAUCCAAGUCAUUCCUAAUCCAACCACCAUGAUCCCAACAACACCAGGUGUUACCCUUCUGACCAGCAGAGAAAACGUCUAUUUUGUUUCGGCUUGGUAUGUGCCCUUCAUCGUCUGUCUUGGCAGUUUGCUCCUCCUUGGACUUCUUGGGUAUCUGAUCUUCUUGCUGGCAAGAUAUAUCCGUACCAACUGCUGGCCAAAGCCCAAAGAAAAUAAAAUGCCAUUGAUAAAGACCCCAGAGAAGAAGAAAGUUAAGAAAGAAGUAGUUUGGGAGAUGACCAAUGUAAAUGCUGUUUUUGAUGGAGAAGCAAGAGAUCCAGUCACUGGCCACUUGUAUGAAUUUAAUUCAAAGUCUGGGGCUCGCAGAUGGAAAAAUAUAAAUGUGCCUCCUGAAUCUGAAGCAAAGGAUCCAGUGGCACAGGUAAUGGCUACUAAAACAAACCCUGGUCGAGGGAAUCUAAGCAGAAAGGAAGCUGUCAGCAAGAAGGGACGAGAAGACAGCAUGGCGUCAGCACCCCUAGAAAAGAAGACUGAGAUUUCUGAACAGGAUAAUGAUCAAAAAUUACAGGUGCCAAAAGAAAAAUCUCUGGUUAAUGGGUCAGCAAUUCCCCCAUACAGGUCACCCAUCCCAUCUCCUAAAAUAUACCCUAAAUAUCAAAGUCAAGUUUAA